AUGGUCCGACUUCCUAUCCUUGUCAGCGUGGCUACGCUUGCCCUGUCAAAGAUAGCCUCGGCAAAAUACACGUUGGCCAACUCAUACGAUGCCACCAACUUUUUUGACGGAUUUGAAUUUCGAAACGGCACUGGAUCUGGCGGGUUCGCUCAAUAUGUGGAUGCUGCAACCGCAGAGGCGAAAUCCCUAGCAGGCAUCAGGGACGGCAAGGUGUACCUAGGUGUUGAUAAUGUGACCGAAAGCACGACUGGCGGCCGAGAAUCUGUCAGAGUCAUCACGAAGAAUGUAUGGACCAACGGGCUUUAUAUCGCUGAUAUCGCCCACAUGCCGGGUAAUGCCUGUGGCGUCUGGCCGGCCUAUUGGACCAGUGGCCCAGACUGGCCCAACAGCGGCGAGAUCGAUAUUAUCGAAGGCGUCAACUUCCAGAAAACCCCAAUCAUCACCCUGCACUCUGGGAAGAACUGCACCGUCACAAAUACAGGCUCAGCAGCUGGCUCGGUCCUUGUCGAUCCCGAUUGUGACAGCAGUACCUCCUCUGGCGGUUGCUCCCAGACGUCGACAAAUACCCAGGUAUACGGGGAUGGCUUUAACGCAGUCCAUGGCGGUGCGUAUGUAAUGCAAUGGACAACAAGCGCCAUUUCAAUUUGGUUCUUCCCCCGUGGCAGCAUCCCAGCAGACAUCAUGGCAGGGGCCCCAGAACCACCCACUUGGGGCACGCCGUUGACCCGGUUCGUGGCCUCAGGCUGUGAUUUUGCAUCUCACUUCAAAAGCAACGACAUUAUAUUCAACACGAACCUGUGUGGCUGGGCUGGAAGCGCGUGGUCAUCAACUCCCAAGUGCAGUGCAAAGGCUGCUACCUGUAAGGAAUACGUGGCCCAGAAUCCGUCGGCAUUCUCAGAAGCGUACUGGUUGAUCAACUCCGUGAAAGUGUACGAAUGGAGCAAUGCUGCCACAUAG